AGAUUGCAAAUUCGCGGUGACUCAGUCCGGUCGGCUCCUUGCGCUCGGCGGCCGCGGCGGUAGCAGCAGCAGCAGACGUUGGCGGCCGAGCGGCUGGGAUCAGUUCCCCUGGCUUUCACCGUCUGAGACUUCCCUCGGGGCACCCCAGGAAGCAAACCAAGAUGGAGUAUGAGUGGAAACCUGACGAGCAAGGGCUUCAGCAAAUCCUGCAGCUGCUGAAGGAGUCUCAGUCCCCAGACACCACCAUCCAGAGAACCGUGCAACAAAAACUGGAACAACUCAAUCAAUAUCCAGACUUUAACAACUACCUGAUUUUUGUUCUUACAAAACUAAAAUCUGAAGAUGAACCCACAAGAUCAUUGAGUGGUCUUAUUUUGAAGAAUAAUGUGAAAGCACAUUUUCAGAAUUUCCCAAAUGGUGUAACAGACUUUAUUAAGAGUGAAUGUUUAAACAAUAUCGGUGACUCCUCUCCUCUGAUUAGAGCCACUGUAGGUAUUUUGAUUACAACUAUAGCCUCCAAGGGAGAAUUGCAGAAUUGGCCUGACCUCUUACCAAAACUCUGUAGCCUCUUGGAUUCUGAAGAUUACAACACUUGUGAGGGAGCAUUUGGAGCUCUUCAGAAGAUUUGUGAAGAUUCUGCUGAGAUUUUAGAUAGUGAUGUUUUAGACCGUCCUCUCAACAUCAUGAUUCCCAAAUUUUUACAGUUCUUCAAGCACAGCAGUCCAAAAAUAAGGUCUCAUGCUGUUGCAUGUGUCAAUCAGUUUAUCAUAAGUAGAACUCAAGCUCUGAUGUUGCACAUUGAUUCCUUUAUUGAGAAUCUUUUUGCAUUGGCUGGUGAUGAAGAACCAGAGGUACGGAAAAAUGUGUGCCGGGCACUUGUGAUGUUGCUUGAAGUUCGAAUGGAUCGCCUGCUUCCUCACAUGCAUAAUAUAGUUGAGUACAUGCUGCAGAGGACCCAAGAUCAAGAUGAAAAUGUGGCUUUAGAAGCCUGCGAAUUUUGGCUCACUUUGGCUGAGCAACCAAUAUGCAAAGAUGUACUCAUAAGGCAUCUUCCCAAGUUGAUUCCUGUGUUAGUUAAUGGCAUGAAGUACUCAGAUAUAGAUAUUAUCCUACUUAAGGGUGAUGUUGAAGAAGAUGAAACAAUUCCUGAUAGUGAACAGGAUAUAAGGCCACGUUUUCAUCGAUCGAGGACAGUCGCGCAGCAGCACGAUGAAGAUGGAAUUGAAGAGGAAGAUGAUGAUGACGAUGAAAUUGAUGAUGAUGAUACAAUUUCUGACUGGAAUCUAAGAAAAUGUUCUGCAGCCGCCCUAGAUGUUCUCGCAAAUGUGUACCGUGAUGAGCUUUUGCCACAUAUUUUGCCCCUUUUGAAAGAAUUACUUUUUCAUCAUGAGUGGGUUGUUAAAGAAUCAGGCAUCUUGGUUUUAGGAGCAAUUGCUGAAGGUUGCAUGCAAGGCAUGAUUCCAUACCUACCUGAGCUCAUUCCUCACCUUAUUCAGUGCCUCUCUGAUAAAAAGGCUCUUGUGCGUUCCAUAACGUGCUGGACUCUUAGCCGCUAUGCACACUGGGUAGUCAGCCAGCCCCCAGACACGUACCUGAAGCCAUUAAUGACAGAACUGCUGAAGCGUAUCCUGGAUAGCAACAAGAGAGUACAAGAAGCUGCCUGCAGUGCCUUUGCUACCCUAGAAGAGGAGGCUUGUACAGAACUUGUUCCUUACCUGGCUUAUAUACUUGAUACCUUGGUCUUUGCAUUUAGUAAAUACCAGCAUAAGAAUCUACUCAUUCUUUAUGAUGCCAUAGGAACAUUAGCAGAUUCAGUAGGACAUCAUUUAAACAAACCUGAAUAUAUUCAGAUGCUGAUGCCUCCACUGAUCCAAAAAUGGAACAUGUUAAAGGAUGAAGAUAAAGAUCUUUUCCCUUUACUUGAGUGCCUAUCAUCAGUUGCCACAGCCCUGCAGUCUGGCUUCCUUCCAUACUGUGAACCUGUGUAUCAACGUUGUGUAAACCUAGUACAGAAGACUCUUGCACAAGCCAUGCUGAACAAUGCUCAACCAGAUCAAUAUGAGGCUCCUGAUAAAGAUUUUAUGAUAGUGGCUCUUGAUUUACUCAGUGGCCUGGCUGAAGGACUUGGAGGCAACAUUGAACAGCUAGUAGCCCGAAGUAACAUUCUAACACUAAUGUAUCAGUGCAUGCAGGAUAAAAUGCCAGAAGUUCGACAGAGUUCCUUUGCCCUGUUAGGUGACCUGACAAAAGCUUGCUUUCAGCAUGUUAAGCCCUGUAUAGCUGAUUUCAUGCCAAUAUUGGGAACCAACCUAAAUCCAGAGUUCAUUUCAGUCUGCAAUAACGCCACAUGGGCAAUUGGAGAAAUCUCCAUUCAAAUGGGUAUAGAGAUGCAGCCUUAUAUUCCUAUGGUGUUGCACCAGCUUGUAGAAAUCAUUAACAGACCCAACACACCAAAGACGUUGUUAGAGAAUACAGCAAUAACAAUUGGUCGUCUUGGUUACGUUUGUCCUCAAGAGGUGGCCCCCAUGCUACAGCAGUUUAUAAGACCCUGGUGCACCUCUCUGAGAAACAUAAGGGACAAUGAGGAAAAGGAUUCAGCAUUUCGUGGGAUUUGUACCAUGAUCAGUGUGAAUCCCAGUGGAGUAAUCCAAGAUUUUAUAUUUUUUUGUGAUGCUGUUGCAUCAUGGAUUAAUCCAAAAGAUGAUCUGAGAGACAUGUUCUGUAAGAUCCUUCACGGAUUUAAAAAUCAAGUUGGGGAUGAAAAUUGGAGGCGUUUCUCUGACCAGUUUCCACUUCCCUUAAAAGAACGUCUUGCAGCUUUUUAUGGUGUUUAAUCUCAUACACUUAGGCUGCAGUCUCAAAAUUAGGGGUCCUUCAGUCUUGGAGACUAUGAGGGAGCCUCUGCACCCAGGGAAAAUGUUACCCUUUACAGGGGGGAAGGGUAAACCAGUAGGGAAUACAGUACAAUCCCAACCCUACUGGGAGGGGCGGGAGGGAGGUGUUGCCGUCACUGUAUUAAGUCGAUGUGGGAAACGUUUUACCAUCUGGAGCUUUUGUGGGUGGAAAUCUGUCUCCAAUUACAACUCUGCACUGGAUGUGAAGAAGCAAAAACAAAACACAACCUAUUCGAUCUACUCAUAAAACAGUACAUUCUGGAAUAUUAUGGGGAAUUGUACCAAAACAAGAACCAUAUAAAUGAUGCAUAGGGCUAAGAAAGAGGAAAAAUUCCAUAGUGCACAAUAAAGGAAACCAAGAAGGGGGUUACAAAACAGUAAAGGUUUUUUUUGUUUGUUUUUUUAAUUUAAAGGUUUUUAUAAAAUUUCCCACAUGACGGGGCCUUGUUUUUGCAUGCUGAUGAGGAACUACACAGAUGAAGCUAAUAGAGUUAAGAUCAGCUUGCCUACCCAUAGUAGAAGGUUCUUGGAAGUUACAAUUUAAGGUACCCCAAAAAGUUGGAAAUAAAACGAAACAAAUUUAAACAAUGAAGCACCCCAUGAAAUGCCAAAUGAGUCACUCCUUUUACCUUUGUAGGGUGGGCAGGGAGGGAGGAAUAAAUGGGGUUGGGCAUAUCAAACUAAAGAUUGACAUCUUGAUUUUGCAUUAAAACAUUAAUGUAGUGGAUAUAAUUUGAUGGUUGUAUUUCAUUAGAUUUAAUUUCUAGGCCAAGAUGUUAUUUUUAAAGUGCAGUUUAAGGUUCAGGCAUGCAUUCUGGCUCAUAGUGAUUGAAAGUACUUAAAUUAGUGGGAAAGUAGCAUGCUUGCAUCACAUAGAGUGAGAUUGGUAUUCAGUUACCUCUGUUGCGCCAGUUUGUGUUGCAGUUUACCAAUUCAAUAUAGCCCUGCAUUUAAAAUUCCUUUUUAAGAUUUGUGAAUUUUAUUUUUAUUAAGAAUAUAGAUAUAAAGUACUGUAGUUUACAGCUAGGCCUUGAAAUACUUUUUAGGAUCUGUUAGGAAUAAGAUUGAUAUUGUAUUGUGUGUAACCUGCACAAUGUGGAAAGCUGAUAUACCUGUGCAAAAUCUUUGCCUCUGUGCUGUCAGUGUGAUGUGCUUUCUGCAUGGUUAUAUACUACUAGUGAUUUUAUCAAAACUUCUAAAACUUAAAUUACAUGGUAAAAGAUCUGUAAGAGGCUGCAUAAAUGUUAGUUGGCACAUAAAGACAAUUGUAGAAGUUGAAGACAUGAUUGCUAUAUUUCAAUGUUUAUUCCCACUCAACAUAUUGCCUUCUAAGCUUUCUUUUUUUUUGUUCAAAGCAUGAUCUUAAAGAUAUGUUUAAGUUAAUGGAUGUAAUGCAGGGUUCCUACACUGUAUUGGCGCAUGUUGGUGGCCCUCUGUGCCCUAGAUAUAUGCACACAGGGUGCAAGUAAAAAGCUACAGAGUGAAAGUUGGUUUGGAUCCUCUUCAUUUCAUUUGUUUAGCUUUUCUGUUAUUUUUCUCUACUUACAUGUAUUCCUGUGAAUAAAUCCUUGUUAAGUUAACCCUUUA